AUGCCAUCAAAGUUGCGCAAUACGAAGAAGGGCAAUUUUCAAUAUUCCCAUGCUGUACUUAGUGGAAUCAGAUCAACAAUUCAAUCAAUAAAGAAAUUUGGCGUUCACACUGUGGCUCAUAUGUCUGCCGGUGGAUUUCAAUAUACUGGUAAUGGCAAUGCAGCCUGUUGUAAGGAUUGCGGACUUGAAGUAUCCAAUUUGACAUCAGAUAUGAAUCCAUUUACUAUUCAUUCUCAACGUCGACCUGAUUGUCCGUUUGUCUGUUCUAUAAUGACAUCAUCAUCAGCGAAUAUACCAGCUCCUUCGUCUCCUCCUAAAACUACUAUACGAAAUCCCACGACAACCAGUGAACUUGAAAACCCUUUUAAACGUCAAAAAAUUGAACCAAUGGAUUCGGAAUCAAUGUAUACUACUCUACUCGAAACUGAUUUAAUGCAACAAGUGCGAAGGCGUUCAUUUUCACAUUGGUCACAUCGUAGUAUACCAUCCAGUGCGCAAAUGAUUGAAGCUGGAUUUUUUAAUUGCAAUGUUGGUGAUCGAGUCAUAUGCAUUUAUUGUAACCUUAUUUCUCAACAAUGGACACCCCACACAGAUGAUCCAUGUGAUGUACAUAAAACACUUUCGCCUAAUUGUAUAUAUGUUAAGGCAAAAUUAAUACGUCCUGCAGCUUCAUCGAUAAUUAUUGUCAAUGAAAAUUCAAUAGUAAAUACUUCAGAUAUUCGUUCAGGAACAGUCAGUAAUCUCGGUCCAUUGAGAUCGAAUGAUAUUGUGUUUACAGCUUCAUGUAAUCCAGCUUAUUCAGAAAUACCAAAACGCCAUGCAUCCUAUGCGACAUGGCCAAUUGAAGAUUUGCCACCAGUAGAUGAUUUGGUUAGAGCAGGAUUCUUCUAUACAGGUACAAAAAGUAUUGUGACCUGCUUUUAUUGCAAUGGGUCAUUACAAAACUGGGGUCCAAAUGAUAAUCCAAUGAUUGAACAUGCUCGUUGGUUUCCACAUUGUGCAUAUGCUCGAAAAUUAUGCGGUGAAGAAUUAUAUCGUAAUAUUCAAGAAUUAUAUCGUAAAAUUCUAGAAUCUAAACGAGCACAGCAAGAACACGCAAGAGCCAAUGAAUCAAAAGAUCGAACUGUCCGUAAUGAUGUACCAAAUACAAAUGCACCAUCACUACCACCAACAACAGAUAGUCCACAAUUAUUAAUAUCAAAUGCAAGGACUUUAUGGAAAUUUGUUACUGCUCGAUUAGAUUUACCAAUUUCACAACGGUUAUUAGAUCAAAAUUUUAAAUUAUCUAUAAUAAAACGAUGCUGGGAAGAUCAAUUACGACUAAAACAUGACGAUUUUGUAUCUGAAUGUGAUUUAUACACGGCUUGCUUAAUUCUCCAGAAACAAAUCGAAAAGAUAGACGGUAAAAAGGAGAAUAUUGUGAUACCAAGCAUAAAAAUGAAACAAAUUCGGGAACAAAUUGAAGCUCGUUUACGCGGACAAACAGCACCAAUUACUGACGCUGAAAUGACAACAUCAUCGCAAUCAUUAACAAACGAAUCAGUAUCUUCUCAAUCUUCUGUUGAAUCCACAUCAAAAUUAACAGCGAGUAGUAGCGAAAACGAAGUAAAAAUAACAAAACAAACAACUAGUGCCGACGAUCGAAACCAAUCAACGCCGUCUAACCCAUGCGUAUUAUGUCUGACAGAAGAAAAACGAUUAGCAUGCAUACCGUGUGGGCAUAUGGCCACGUGCGUUGCAUGUGGUCAUUCAUUAAGAUCAUGCCCAAUAUGCCGAAGAGAAAUUGAGGCAUUCGUUAGAAUUUACAUUUGA